AUGCCUGGGUCGUCGCAGGCCGGCGCGGCUGGUCCUGAUGGGGCGUAUCUGGUGACAGUUCCUUCGAUCUCGGACGGCAUCCCCGUUUCACCGUCCCAGCUUUCCUCGACUGCCACCCUUUCAUCCGUGCCGGAGUCCGUCGCGCUGGAGAUCGACCCUGUCGCAGCGUGGGACGAGCAGGAGAUUGGUGUUGCCGCGUCGCACAGCGACGACAGCGACAGCGACGAAGACGGCGACGGCGACGGCGAAUUUGGAGCUGCAGCAGAUCCGGUGACGGAGAUGGCAGCAGAUGCGGUGUUGGAGAUGGCUGAAGACGCAGUAUCGGAGAUGGGAACGGGGACGCUUGAAGACCUGCUGGCCGCCGCCUUGGCGUUCGACUGCCCGUCCAGCAGCGGACUGUCUACUUCCGCGUCCUCCGCGUCGCCCGCGUCGUCCGCGUCGUCGCGCUCGUCGUCGUCGUCGGAUAUCAGCGCCUCGUUCAGCCUGGGGAGCAGCAAGCUGUCGUGGACCGGCUUCAACCCCCCAGCGCCCCCCCCGUUGCCCUCCCCCGCUCCGCUGCCCACUGCACCCGCGUGGCCGCCCAACGGGGAGGUGGCGCCGCUGCGGCAUGAAGUGUCCCUGGAUCCGCACGGGACGCCGGUUUUGGAGGAGGCGUGUGUGGGUAGUCCGAGUCCGUCUUCUGGUGGCUCUCUCGUCUCUGGUUUGCUCGUUGCUGCUCCCUGCUCGCCCUCUGCUGCUGCUGGUCCCCAGGAUCGUAGUCCAGGGUCCGUUCUGGAAGGAGUUGGAGCAUCGCCGGAGAGCAGUUCGCGAGUAGGAGCAGGAGCUGCUGUUGGAGCUGCUUCUUCUGCUGUUGCUGCUGGUGCUGCUGGUGUUCGUCCCCUCUCUCUCCCCCAUUCCUUACUCGCCUUCCCUCCCCCCAUCCGUCCCCUUGCUCCCGUAUGGCUUCCCUUAUCUCUUUCCCUUCCCUCAUCCCCCCCGCAUCCCUCCCCUCUGUCCCUUUACUCCCCUGUUCCAAUCCUCGCCCCUACAUCGGCCCUUUCCCCGCCCCCCCCCACAACCCCCCGCCCUCCAUACACAACCUCCUCCUGUUCUUCCCUCAUCUUCCUGCCUCCCGAUGCAUGCCUGUGUCAUAAUGUGGCUGCUCGUGUCUGCUCGUGUCAUUUCAUGCCUGCUCAUGUCAUCUUGUGUCAUCUCAUGUCUGCUCGCGUCCUGGCAUGUCUUCUCGUGUCUCGUUCCUGCUCGUUUCAUGCCCACUCCAACAAGACAGCCAAGCUCAAGCAGAGCAAGUUAGAUGCCCGCAGGGAGCAGUUCCUCGCACAGGUAGCUGCUGCCAAGACCGCAACUCCCAACGUUCAGGCUGGGCCGUUAGAAGAAGCAGGGAAGGCAAAGGAGGCAGGGGAUGAUCAGUCGAUUGAUCAGUCGAUUGGUGAUAGCGUAUCCGGUGCAGGAUGCAGUGUCUCGCUUGCCAAUGGGAUUUUGGAAAAGAGGAGAGGCGGAGAGGAGCAGAGGAACGGAGAGGAGAACCGGGAGGGAGACAGAGGGAACGGUGGGGCGGCAGAUGAAGGCGGAGGCACGGAGGAAGGAGGAGCGGAGGAGGAAGCUGAAGAGAAGCAGUGGUGGGAGGACUCUGAUGAUGAUGAGGGUCAUUCAGGGGAGGGUGAAGUGGGGACGGGUGGUUUGAGGGAUGGAGACGGUGUGGUGACUGGUGGGGAGAGAGAUAGGGUAGGGAGCGGCGGUAGCAGCACAGGGAAAGCCGCACAUGAGGAUUCGGGAAAGAGUCGUUGUGAGGAGGGCGGGCAGUUGGAGAAAGCACCGCACGUUCAGGAGGCUGGGCAGUUGAAGGAAGCACCGCAAUUGGAGAAGGAGGAGGAGGCUGUGGUAGUUGAAAUUCUAGUAGAAGCGAAAGUGGAAGGAACGUGUGAGAGUGCAGCAGCAGCAGCAGAAGCAGCGGGAGAGAGGGAGAGUGCAGGAGAGAAGGGGGAGAGUGCAGCAGUGGAGGGUUUACGUGGGCUAGGCUCUGUAACCGAAGCAAUCAGCACGGGCACGGCAGUGGUGGUGGCAGCAAGAGUAGUUUCAGUGAGUGAUGGGUCGGAGGAAGGGAGUAACGGGCGGAAAGAAGAAGGGAAAGAAGGGGAAGGAGGGGAAGGAGAGGAAGCAAGCGGGGGAGGUGGAGGGAAGGAAUAUGGGAGCGAGGCUGAGAACUAA